AUGAAUCUUGAUGCAGUAUCUUUAGCAUUAAAUCAAAUUUCUUUUACUAUCAAAAACUUAUCGAAAACCAAUUACAAAAGUUCUCUCGCUGAAAUAUCAAAUUUGAUAUCUGAAUAUGGAUUCGAAGCUGAACGUCAUUUAUAUCGAACUUUAAUAUCUUAUAUUGAUUUACAAUCAAUUGAAGAAAAUAGUUCUUUAUUAAAACAUUCAGAAAAUAUUCAUUUAUAUUAUUGGCUACAGGAAAUACCAACAUUAAUAUCUAAACCAAAUUUUGUAACAUUAAUUUGUUAUGCAUUUGAUACAAUAAUAACACAAAAAUCUUUAAAAGUUUCUUCAUCGAAUGAAUAUUUUACAUCAUUAUGUAAAUUAUUUAAAUUAAAUCAUGCUCAAGAACUUGUCUUUGCUCUUGCCUUACAAAAUUCAACUCAUACAGAACUUCAAACAUCAGCUCAUAAUCAUAUUCAAAAACGUUUACCAGAAUUUCUUCAAAUUAUAAUUGAAUCAGAUAAUGGUUUGAAAGAAACACGUUUAGCUGAUUUAUCUAUCGAAGUACUUCAUGCAUUUUUAAUACAAAUUCAACAUUAUGUAUCUAAUAAUUCAUCUAUUAUUAAAACUGAACAAUAUGAACAAUUACUUAGUUUAUUAAGAAAAGAAUAUCCAAGUGAAAGAAUAAAUAAUAAUGGUUCAUUAAUUCUUCUUCCUUUGCUUUAUCCAUCGAAUUCAUCAUCUAAAGAUUUAUCAUCUACACAACUUUUUUCAGAUUCUAGUAAUCUUUCAACAUCAGUGUGGCAAAUGGAUGGAUCAUUAUCUGAUGUUAUUCUUGAAAUGGGCUAUGAUUUUACAGCAUCAGUUGAAGAUUGUCGAAAUGCGUUAGUUCAUUUUGGCUUACAAGAAUUAAAACCGAUAACUAUUGCACGAAUGCUUUCUGCUAUGAUUAAAACUCAUUCAGGUCUUAAUGAAAAUACACGAAUUUAUGAUUCAAAUGGUAUUGAAAUGAUAACAAAUAAUGACAAAGUUUCAUCACCAACAUGGAAUGUUGAUACAUUUGUAAUUGCAAUUAAUGAUUUGGUACCAACAGUUAAUUGGAAAGAUGUUGUUAAAGAACUUGAUCAUCCAGGAUUUUUAGUACGUGACCGUCCAGCACUUAUUUUACUUAUAACAGCACUUCGUCGAGCAUUACCAACUGAACAAUAUAUUGAUUUACUUUAUGGACGAUGGAAUAAUGUUGAAGGACAAUUAUCAUGGCUUGCUCAAGCUAUUCGUUAUCCAGAUGUAUUUUGUUUUGGUGAUCAUCCAGCACAUCCGGUAUUAAUUGAUUGUUUAAAACAUCCAUUAGAUGAUUCAAAAGACACUUGGACAUGGCGUUCAUUAAAUUUAAUUGAAUGUCUGUUACGUAUUGCUGAUACAGGCCUAUAUCCAGUUGUAUUAGAUAUAUUUAAACAUGGAAUUCAACGUUCUGGUGAAUUGAUUUUUCUUGGAUUAUUACAACUUCAUACUAUCUGGACAACAUUAAAACAAGAAUUAUUACAAUUAAUCAUUCCAACAUUUUUAGCUAGUAGUCCAAAUGCAAAUCCACUUCUUAAUUAUAUGUGGAAUUCUCAACAUCAUACAGCACCAUUACGUACAACUUUAUUAACAUCAUUAGCUGAAUGGUACAAUCGAUCAAAUGAUAAUGAACAACAACAACGUCUUGGACGUGUUCUAGAAAUUGUACAAGAUUUAAAAGCAUUACCUAUAUUACUUGCUGCACAACCAAUAACAUUUAUACUUGAUUUAGCUUGUUUAGCAUCAAAACGUGGUUAUUUAAAAUUAGAUAAAUGGUUAUCAGAUAAAUUACGUGAACAUCAGGAAUUAUUUAUUCAAACAACUAUACAAUAUUUACGUAAAAAAGCUCCACAAUUGUCUUCAAAAGAUGAUAUGAAUUAUAAACCGAUAGCUAAUAUUGAAAUAAUUAAUAUUCUGUUAACAGUUCUUCAAUUAGCAUUAACAUCAAUAACAAAUUCAGAUUUAAUUCAAGAAAUUCAAACAAUGAUAUCAACAGCAAAAAUUCUUAAUAAUGUCAAUGUAACUAGACCUGAAACAUUACAUAAUGCUUUACCACAUCCUUUUACACCAUCAUCAACCAAUGGAUCUUCAUUACCAACUCAACUUCGUCCAUUACAAAGUUCAAAUACUAAUGAUCUUUCACCAAUGAAUGAAAUAUCAGAUGUUGAUGUUUAUUUUAAACGUUUAUAUUCUAAAACAACAAAUCCACCACCAAUAUCUGUUGAUGAUUUUCUUGAUAUUUUAACAAAAUGUAAAGAUUCAUUGAUAACACGAGAAAGAGAUGUUUUUCAAAAUGGAAUUAAAAAUUUAUUUGAAGAAUAUAAAUUUUAUUCUCAAUAUCCAGAAAGAGAAUUACUUUUAACAGCACAAUUAUUUGGUGGACUUUUUGAACGUGGUUUAUUUCAAAAUCAAGUUUUAUUUGCAGCAUUUCGAGUCAUUUGUGAAAGUUUAAAAAAACCAAAUGGUUCAAAUCUUUGGAAUUUUGCUGUUGCAGCACUUGAUCGAUGUAAAACAAGAAUUCGUGAACAAUCGGCUUUACUUCAAGCAUUACGAGGUUUACCAACAUAUUCCGAAAUUCCACCUACAAUUCGUGAUUAUCUUGAAUUUAAUACUAAACAAUCAAUUUCACAAACAUUUGAUCCAUUACGAACAAUAACACCAACAUCAAAUUUACCAUCGCAACCAGUUGCAACAAGUCCACAUUCUCAUAUUUUUUCACGAAUGAAUAGUACAUCAACAAUUACAACUGCUCCACAACAAUUUAAUCCUAUUGGAAAAGAUAAUCCAGCACAAAAAGGCCCAUCAUUAACACAAAAUGCAAAUAUUCGAACAUUAAUUAAUGAUCCAAGUUAUAAUCUUGUUCGUGUAAAACAACCACCAGAACAAAUCAAUGAUAAAAUUGCAUUUACAUUUAAUAAUUUAUCACAUGCUAAUCUUUCGCAAAAGGCACAAGAAUUAAAAGAUGUUUUAAAUAAUGAUGAACAAUUAUGGAAAUGGGUUGCACAAUAUUUAGUUAUUAAACGUGUUUCAUUAGAACCAAAUUUUCAUUCUUUAUAUGCUGGAUUUCUUAAUACAGUUAAUAUUACUAUUCUUUUUGAUACAGUUCUAACUGAAACACAUCGAAAUAUAAAAAUUCUUUUAUUAAGUGAUAAACAGAUAAAUAACAUUCCCGAUCGUACAUUAUUGAAAAAUCUCGGUCAUUGGCUUGGUUUGAUUACUAUUGGAAGAAAUAAACCAAUUAUUGCAACGGAUUUGGAAGUGAAGUCAUUAGUUAUUGAAGCUUAUCACACAGGUCCACAAGACUUAUUAUAUAUUAUACCAUUUGUAUCAAAAAUUAUAGAAUCAUGUGCAAAAAGCAAAAUAUUUCAACAACCAAAUCCAUGGUUAAUGGGUAUUAUGUCUGUUCUUGCAGAAAUGCAUGGAACACCUGACUUUAAAUUAAAUUUGAAAUUUGAAAUUGAAGUUCUUUGUAAACAAUUAGAAAUUCAAUUAAAUGAACUUCCAGUUCAUCAUAUAUUAAUUAACAAAGAUUAUUUUGAUAAAAUUGAAAAACAAUUAUCAGGUUCAACUCCACCAGUUGCACUAUUACCUUCAGUAAAUCCAUCACCACAACCAUCAUCAUCAUCAUCAUCGACAACAACAACAUCAGCAACAGCAACAACAACAGCAACUGCUCCUGAACCACAAUAUCGAUUAUCCGAUUUUAAACCAUCAACUUUUCAAUCAUUAAAUUCAAUGCUUAAAAUUAAUUCUAAUAUAACAAUAUUUCGUCUUCAUCCAAAUCUUAAAACUCAUAUCUAUUCACCAAUUGAAAUGGCUAUUAAUGAAAGUUUUCAAACUGUUCAACGUUCACUUAAAGUAGCAACAACAGCAGCUGAACAAAUUGUACGAAAAGAUUUUGUAUCAAAUCCCGAUGAACAACAAUUACGUACAUCAGCACGUAAUAUGGUUGCUUAUUUAAGUAGUGGUCUUGUACUUAUAACUGCACGUGCACCAUUACAAGAACAAAUUCAAUCAUAUAUUAAAUCUCAUUUUUAUACUGUACUUGGUAUAUCUCAAACAUCAACAAUGAGUGCAAACGAACAAACAACAACUGAGAUGAUUCAACAAGCAGCAAAUGAAAUUGCAACAUCAAAUAUUGAAUUAUGUUGCUGUCUUUUACAACGUAUGACAAUUAGCCGAGCUAUACAAAUUAUUGAUCAACGUUUAGCAAGUGAAAUUGAAUUACGACAACGUUGUCGAACUGAAGGAAGACAAUUAUCAGUUGCAAAUAAUACAAAUGAAGAACGAUUACCUGAACAAAUUCGUUUACAUUAUGGACCAUUUUCAUCACAUCAAUUGGCAAUUUAUGAAGAUUUUGUUCAUUUUAUUCCAGGUUUCAAACCAAAUGAUAGUGAAAAACGAGAUUUAGUUACGAUGGAUGAAAGUGCUCCAUCAGUAUGGGAUCGUAUAAUAUCUGAAAUUGAUCAAACUAUUCAAAGUCAACAUAAUGGAAUAUUUACACCAGCAUUUCAACGUUUAUUAGAAAGUGUUAACUUACUUCGAUCUAAUUUACAUCCUCAAACAUCAUCCAAUGCUCCACAAGUUGCAUUAACAAAUCUUUUAAAUAUAAUUCUUUUUAAUUUACUUGAACAUUAUACAAUGCAAUCACAAAUUCAAGAUAAUGAAAAUUUUGAACGUUUUAAAACAAUUCAUAUGAAUGUUUUAAAAUUACUUAUUGAUAUACGUUUACCUUUAGCAAUUAUUAAUAAACAAUUAACUAAAUCAUGGAUAGAAUGUUCAAAUGAUAUUAAAUAUAAUAUAUUUGCUGUUCAUCAUUUAAUACGUAGUCGUCUUCUUGAAGUACGACAAAUUGAUGUACAUAUAUCUCAAUUAAUUGAUUCAGGAAAUAAUUCUGCACUUCAUUUUGCUGUAAAUUUUCUUCGAAAUUGUGUUAUUGAACAACCAUGUUGUUCCGAUAAUGAUAUUUCAUUAAUGCUUGAAUCACUUCAUCGUAUUUCAUUAAUUGGUAAACAACCAGCAGAAGCUGUUCGUGAUUUACUUGAAAUCAUACGUUUAAAUUAUACAUCAUUAACUGAUUCUAAUGAUAAUAAAAUUGAUAAAAUUGCUAUUUUAUCAUUAUCAGUUAUUAAUAAUGGAAUGAAAUAUUUAUCUAUUGAUGAUAUUGAAACAGCAACAAUUGUUAAUAAAGCAAAAAUUAUUUUAAAUGAAUGGGUAGCUUUAACAAUGGCACAAACAAAUAGAAUUAAUCAACAACAAGCUUUUCAAGAAUUUUUUAAUCAGAUGACUAUGCAAGGAAUCUUUCGUUCCGAUGAUACCAUAGCAAAAUUUCUUCGUACAACUAUUCAAUUAUGUGUUAAUAAUGUAUAUGAUGUUGUUCGACAAGGUUCAGCAUUAACUCAACAACAACAUCCACAAUAUGUUCGUUGUCAUCAAGGAAUUGAUUCAUUAUGUCGAUUUUUAUAUUUAUUAACAACACAGUCAUCUGAUAAUAUGAAUUAUGGUCCACGUAUACAUUUAAUUAAUUGUAUAUUAGGUUUAUUAUCUGCACUUUGCUUUUUGGAUCAUGAAGAACAAGGAGAUCAAUUUCAUCCACUUGCUUAUCAAAGAAUUAUUUUAAAUCUAUUUCAAGAAUCAACAAAUGCUGUUACAUUAAAUACAUCUAGUUCAACAACUAAUGCUGAUAAUACUUCACCUAAUGAUCCCGUUAUGUAUUAUAUUUAUUUGGCAUUUACAAAUUGUUUACAUCUUUUACGUCCUCAACGAGUAACUGGUUUUGCUUUUGCAUGGCUUGAAAUAGUUGCUCAUCGAACAUUUAUGUCACGUUUUUUAUUAUCCGGUGGUCGAUUUUUUCGUCAAACUCAAAAUAUGUAUUCUUUACUUCUUGUUGAUGCAUUACGUCUUGUUGCUCCAUUUAUACGUUCCGGUGAAAAUACUCCAUCAUUUCAAGCUUAUUAUAAAGGUAUUUUAAAAACAUUCAUGUUAUUAUUACAUGAUUUUCCGGAAUUUUUAUGUGAACAUUAUUAUGAAUUUUGUGAUUCAUUACCAUUAAUAUCUCAUCAAUUACGUAAUAUAAUUUUAUCAUCAUUUCCAAAACAUAUUCGUUGUCCAGAUCCAUUUAAAGUUAAUAUUAAAAUUGAUAUGCUUAAUGAUAUAUCAACAACACCAACAAUAUCAUAUAAUUAUUCAUUAAAUAUUCAACCAUCAAAAUUUAAAUUAAAUCUUGAUUCAUAUUUACGUACACGUUCACCAGUAACAUUCUUAUCUGAAUUACGUUCAUAUUUACAACAAGGUUCAGAUCCUGGUUCACAUUAUAAUAUCAGAAUGUUAAAUGCACUUGUUUUAUAUGUUGCUACACAAGCAUUAUCAACAAUAAAUAAUAAACAACCAUUAAUGUCAUCAAUAACACAUACAGCACAUAUGGAUAUAUUUCAAAAUCUAGCAGUAGAUUUAGAUACUGAAGGACGUUAUUUAUUUUUAAAUGCUAUGGCUAAUCAUUUAAGAUAUCCAAAUACACAUACACAUUAUUUUAGUUAUACAAUUUUAUAUUUAUUUGCCGAAGCUAAUUCAGAAGCUUUACAAGAGCAAAUUGUUCGAGUAUUACUUGAACGAUUAGUAGCUAAUCGACCACAUCCAUGGGGAUUAUUGGUCACAUUUUUGGAACUUGUACGAAAUCCAAAUUUAAAAUUAUGGUCCAGAGAAUUUAUGAGUAUUUCACCAGAUGUUAAACGUUUAUUAGCAACACUUACUCAUGGUUUUCCGCAAUUUCCAACAUCACCCAUGUCUGCCCAACAACCAGCUAUUGUUAAACCUUAG